AUGGCAGAUCUAAAAGAUACGGUCGUGAUCCGGCCCGGAUCCGUGUCGGGAUCUGAGAAGAAGCAUGGAGAAGAGGAUGCUGCUGCGGCGAAGAAGCGCAUCCUUCAACAGCAAGAACUCCAGCAUACUGAACCGCCGACUCUUCCCAUAUUAACUCUCUUUCGUCGAAAGCAGCAAUACAACUUGAACGAGAUCGCGACCCAGCCGUCCGUUUUUGAUGAUCCGGAAAAAGCCAAGUACUUCCAGCCUACCGAGAAGUAUGAGAACUUACACCGGUUCGAUCCGACAGCAAGAUGGACCUGGGCUGAAGAGUUACCACUUAUUAAUAAGCUCGAUUGGAAGAUCACGGUGUGGGCGUGCAUCGCAUUUUUCGCUUUGGACUUGGAUCGUGGGAACCUAACUCAGGCGAACACAGACAAUUUCCUCGACGACUUGAGAUUAACUACAAACGAUUAUAAUCUGGGAAAUAUUGUUUUCAAAUUGGCUUUCUUAUGCGCUGAGCUCCCUUCACAGUUGGUCAGUAAGAAAGUUGGUCCUGAUCGAUGGAUACCUACUAUCAUGUGUCUUUGGAGCUUUGUGGCGGCCUCGCAGUUUUGGCUGAAUAGCAGAGCGACGUUUCUCACUACUCGUGUUCUGCUUGGCAUGUUGCAAGGCGGCUUCAUUCCGGAUAUCGUCCUGUACCUCUCUUAUUUCUUCAAGGGAACCGAAUUGCCUUUCCGUUUGGCCCUUUUCUGGGCAACGCUCAAUCUGGUCGACAUCAUUGCGCCAAUCCUCGCCUUUGGUAUCCUACAUCUCCGAGGCGAUCAUGGCCGAGAGGGAUGGAGAUGGCUUUUCUUGAUUGAAGGAGUUUUCACCUUAAGUGUUGGGAUUUGGUCUUGGUUCAUGAUGGCACCGUCGCCUACUCAAACCAAAUCGUGGUAUCGACCGAAGGGGUGGUUUACCGAACGCGAAGAGGUCAUUAUGGUCAAUCGGAUAUUGAGAGACGAUCCCUCGAAAGGCGAUAUGCAUAACCGUCAGGCUGUCGACCUCAAGCGAUUGUGGAAGUCGUUAUGCGACGUCGACCUGUGGCCCAUCUACAUUUCCGGACUCGUCUUUGGCUUGCCGAUAGGACCGCCCUCUCAGUACUUGACAUUAACGCUCAGGAAUCUUGGAUUUGAUACGUUCAAUUCCAACCUCUUAACGAUUCCAUCUCAAGUCCUAGCUGUCAUCACUUUACUCAUUCUAACGUUCCUAUCCGAGGCGUGGAACGAAAGAUCCCUGAUGGGCUUGUUUUCGCAAGUUUGGAUGUUACCUAACCUCAUCGCCUUGGCUGUACUACCGAGUGAUAUUUCACCAUGGGCAAAAUAUGCCGUAUUGACCGUUUUGCUUGGAUAUCCAUAUCCCCAUGCGAUACAAGUUGGUUGGUGUAGCCGAAAUUCGAACACUGUUAGAACGCGAACCGUUUCGGCCGCGGCAUAUAAUAUGUUCGUCCAAUUGUCUGGCAUCAUAUACUCGAACAUUUAUCGCGACGACGAUAAACCUGAAUAUCGCCGUGGAAAUAGACAACUUGUUGCAAUUUGUGCGGGCAAUAUAGUGAUAUAUGCACUUAUUAAACUAUACUACAUAUGGCGUAACAAGAGUAGAGAUAAGGAAUGGAACGCGAUGACAAGAGAGCAACAAGUACAUUAUCUAGAGACGACCACGGACCAAGGAAGUAGAAGGAAGGACUUUAGGUUUGCUCAUUAA